GAAACAGAGCAGUGUUUCUGGGUUUAUAGAUACCAAAAUAAAAUAGAAUAGAUUUGAUCACAAAGUGAAUUUUGAGAGAUGGAAUCCGACGAAGAAGAGAACCAGCCGUGGAUCCCAAUCUGGCAGCGACCGGAGUGGUCAGAUGUCACUCCCCUCCCCCAAGACGACGGCCCAAAUCCUGUCGUUCCGAUUGCCUACAAGGAUGACUUCACUCAUACCAUGGACUUGUUCCGAGCCGUUUUUCAUUCCCAAGAGCUUUCUCCUCGCUCUCUGUCCCUCACCUCCGAGGCCAUCUCUCUUAACCCCGGCAAUUACACUCUAUGGCAGUUCAGGCGAGCAAUUCUUGAGGCUCUGAAUGUUGACUUGCAUGGCGAACUGGAUUUCACUGAGGUUGUUGCCAAGGGAAAUUCCAAAAAUUAUCAGUUAUGGCAUCAUAGACGAUGGGUCGCUGAGAAAUUGGGAACGAGUGCUACAAGCAACGAGCUUGAGUUCACCAAGAAGAUAUUGUCGCUUGACUCUAAACAUUAUCACGCAUGGUCCCAUAGACAGUGGGUUCUUCAGUCACUAGGUGGGUGGGAAGACGAACUUAACUAUUGUGAUCAUCUCCUCGAAGAAGACAUUUUCAAUAAUUCUGCUUGGAAUCAGAGGUAUUUUGUCAUUACAAGAUCUCCGAUCCUGGAAGGCCUAGAAAGUAUGAGAGAGUCUGAAGUGAAUUAUGCUGUUAGAGCCGUCAUAGCCCGUCCUGAGAAUGAGAGCUCAUGGAGAUACCUUCGAGGGCUUUACAAAGACGACAGUGGUUCAUGGGUGAAUGAUUCCCAAGUAUCUUCGCUGUGUUUGAAGGUUUUGAGCACCAAAAGCAGCAGCCGUGUCUUUGCUUUGAGCACGCUCUUGGAUCUCAUCUCGUAUGGUUUCCAACCAAGUCAAGAAUUCAGAGACGUUGUCAAUGAUUUAGUAGGUAGUCCUCCAGGACCGGAUUCUAACUUGGCAGAAACAGUCUGCGCUCUCCUGGAACGCGAGGACCCAACUAGAGCCAACUAUUGGAGGUGGCGCAGGAGCAAGCUUCCGUAAUCUGAUCUCUGGCUGCUUUUCUCUGUGAUUUCUUAUGCCUUCCUCUCCUGGUAAUAGUAGGUUGUUUUUAAGUAAUGAUUUCUAAUUACGCAUAUUACUAUGUAAUUUCGAAUCAUAUGCUAAAAAAGUAGGCAUCAUUCAUUCUGCAGAGCUGCGUUGUUUGUUGUAUGCAUAAUUCUCGUGUUUUGAUUCCGACAGUCUGUCCUUUGUAAUUACAUAAUUCACGUUGUUUGUUACCA